UGUGUUGCUGUUUUGUUAUUUAUUAUUAUUACUGUAGGCGUUGGGAAGAGCGGAACUGUGAAGUGGAAUAGUAGCGGUGCAGUCCGUGCUUGAAACAAUAGUGUCGUGCAAACAUUUGCGCAAUGACAGCACCCAUGGAGAGAAUACAAGUCUUAGACACUAUUGAAAAAGAUAUUAUAACAUGUCUUCAAAGUGCUGGGCAGGCACUUACAGAGUUGAGCAAAGAGAAAUCAAGCUUAAAACAAGCAGAAGUUCAGACAAAUCAGUUCCUGAAAACACUGAAUCAAGUAGAAGCAAAACUUACUGAACAAAUAAAUUAUCUAACCCAAGUAUCUACAGGACAGCCUCAUGAAGGAUCAGGCUAUGCCUCACAGAAGGUACUUCAAAUGGCAUGGCAUCGUUUAGAACACGCAAGAAGUAGGGUGAAUGAACUGGAGAGAAUUAAAAAUAAGCAUCUACAGGCACGUGCAGCUUUGAGGAACCAACAGCAAAUCACCCAAGUACAACAGAAUGGAUCACAACCAGUCACCAAUGCCCACGGAGGAACCUCAGCAUAAUUUUCGAAGAAGCUGUUUUCAUAUCAUUCGUCGCUGACUGUAUGAGGCUAACUGUUUCAACAUGUGUCAAAAGUCAAGUGAAAACUUUAUGCUGAAAGAAAUGUCAAUGUUGUAAGCAGGUGUUUUUUCUCAAAUUUCUGAGUGUUGCAAGGACUAAGAACAUAUUUUAAAAAUACAGAACUAGCAACAGCAUUGUGUUUAAACAGUUAACUGAAGUAUGGUUCUUGAGGAGCAUUCUGCACUCUUUCGUGCAACUGCAGAGUAUAAAAGAUUCUCAUAUUUUUAAUGGCAUUGCAGGAAUGAAACCUAGGUGCAUUUCACGAGUUUCUCCUGUGGUAUAAAAAUGUUCCUUUCCAAUGUUUUUCUCAUUAUUUAUAUUUAUUGACAUAAAUACGAUGUUUUCAGUAUUUUACUGGAAGAACUGAUGAUGUAUGGAAGGCUUUAAUGAACCAGAAGUCAUGGACAUUUUUACUCAUCUGUACAUUGUAUAUAUUAUUAGUAUUGAGCAAUGAUGUUGUACAAUUUGUUAAUUACAUAACAGUUUAACAGUUGUAA